UUAGAAUUUCGUAUCUCAAAGUUAAGAAAACCUAAUGGAUCAUCGGGAGGGUGCGGCGGGGGCGAAGGGGGAGAAAUCUGAGAAGCAGAUAGUGUCUCUGGCCGAAGCAGCGGCGAAGAUCAAUACCCGUCAUCUAAUGGAUCACCUCGUCAAAGCAGUGAGAGAGUGUUUGUGGGAGGAUGAGCUGUUAUCGAGGUAUACCGAUUACUUUGCGAAGGCACUCUCAGGAGUAUCGUUCCCAUGGGUGAAGAUGUUCAAGGACGCUCCUUUAUCCACUCUGAUCGAUGUUCCGUUAUCUCAUAUUCCUGAUUCUGUCUACGGAACAACACGCAAUUGGCUCGACCUCCCUCCAGUUGAACUUGAGGAUUUCUCUGCCUUCGUACUGCGUGCGUUUGAUCAGAUCCUCCUUGAUUUGGAAGGAGGUGGUGGUGGUGAUGACUCCAAAUCUCAGGUGGGAAUGUUUGUUGCGUUAGCCAUCGUUUUGCGUUGUAAACCUGAGGCUUUGGCUCCUGUCUUACCCAUUCUGAGACAGAAUCCUAAGUAUCAGGGACACGACAAGCUUCCCGUUACUGUUUGGAUGUUGGCUCAGGCCUCCAAAAGUAACGAUCUAUGUCUUGGCUUGUAUUCAUGGUCACAUAACUUGCUACCACUUGUCACAGUCAGUAGUAAGAAGCGUUGCUAUAUCCCUCAGUCUAUGGAUCUAAUCCUGCAAUUCGUUGAGGAGAUUCUGUCGCGUCCAAGGGCUCCGGCCAUACUUGUAGAUGGAGCUCUUAGGGAAGGAGAGCCGCUCAUUCCACUUACUUCAUUUGAGAUCUUGGUGCGUCUCGCAUUCCCUGCUCCAGACGCAAGAGUAGAGUCUACAGCAAGGGUUGAGGCAAUAUAUCCCUUGCUGAAGGACGUGGCUCUUUCACCAGAUAUGCCAGGAGGAAGCAACGCCGUGAAGCAGAUGUUCACUUUUUCCUUGAGAUCAGCUAGAAAAGGUAUUGUUACAGGAAACCUUGUUUUAGCCGAGGAAGCCACAUCAAUCGCUAUCUGGUGUGUGCUUGAAAGCGUUGACUGCUUUGAGCACUGGGACAUUCUCUAUAGGGAGAAUCUAGAAGCUAGUGUUGCUCUUCUUAAAGAGCUUGUUGGCGGAAGGUGGGUUUUCCGCAAGCUAUCAAAAUCACCAAGGGAUACUCUCACCCUCAAUCAAACUAUGGAGAGCUUCAGGCGUAAGAACAAAAGAGCCAUCGCUGAAGGAGGAGCCAGUGCUUCUCUUUACAAAGAAGCUGACAAGUACUGCACGCUGAUCUCUGGGAGUCUCUCCCGUGAAAGUGGAGGUUUCGAAUUGUCACCUAUUACUGUGGUUCUAGCCGCUGCCGGAGCCGCUGCCGGAGCUGCUGCUGCACUUGUUGUAUUAGCUUAACAUCCUCCGAUAUUUAGAAAAUUGUGUCCUCUUUAUUUAUGAUUAUUUGUAAGCUAGUAUACAAUCCUAAGUUAUUCCAAACAAAUCUGCUCCCUUUAAAUAUUUGAUAGAUUGUCUGAAUCAUCAUAUAUAUAUAUGGCUCUGUCUUUCUUCA